GCUGUGUUUUUAUAUUUUAGAUAUUUAAAAGCAGUUUCCACAUUACUGCAUUUUGUCCUAAUUCAAUGCAAUGCAGAGAUAAUGUCAUCUCCUCUUUCAGACAAGGAAGCACCAGAUCCACAGGACUGAGUGACCUGGCUAAUGUCAGAGAACACACAGGCAGCAAGGCUACAGUCAAAUAAAGAUGACAUCAUUCCCAAUCCAGUGAUUUACAGUUUAAAGAAAAGAGUAAAACAGAAGACUGCACAUAACUGAACUGAAUAGCAAAAUAGAUAAAGUAAUGCAUUAUAGAGGGAAUACUGUGAAUAAUUUUUUAAUCCAUGUUCUUCCUGGAGGACAUUGAAUUGUCUUGCAUUAUUUGUGCAGGUGCAAGGCUAUGGGAAGUUUCAACACCAGUUUUGAAGAGGGCUUCAUUUUGGUGGGCUUCUCAGAUUGGCCUCAACUGGAACUUGUCUUUUUUGUCUUCAUUUUAAUUCUUUACUCCCUAACACUGUUUGGAAACAUAACCAUUAUCACACUUUCACAACUGGACCCUCAACUGCACACGCCCAUGUACUUCUUCCUCUGCCACCUCUCCUUCCUGGACCUCUGCUAUACCACCAGCACUGUGCCCCAGCUGCUGAUCAAUCUUUCUGGAUUUGACAGGACCAUCAGCUAUGGAGGGUGUGUGGCUCAGCUUUUUAUAUUGCUCUCUCUAGGUGGAACUGAGUGUAUGCUUCUGGUGGUGAUGGCCUUUGACCGCUAUGCUGCUGUGUGUCGUCCACUCCACUACACAAUCAUCAUGAACCCCCUUCUCUGCCAGUCCCUGGCUAUUGCUGCCUGGGUGGGAGGUCUCAUGAACUCUCUGAUUCAGACAAGCCUCAUGAUGGCCAUGCCUCUCUGUGGCCUCCAUUACCUGAACCACUUCUUCUGUGAGAUGCUUGUACUCCAGAAGUUGGCUUGUGAGGACACAGGAGGCACAGAGGCCAAGAUGUUUGUGGCCCGAGUCAUAAUCAUUGUUAUUCCUGCAGCACUGAUUCUAGGUUCCUAUGCACACAUUGCUCAGGCAGUGCUGAGGAUCAAGUCAAUGGCAGGGUGCAGAAAGGCUUUUGGGACCUGUGCGUCCCAUCUCUUUGUGGUUUGCCUGUUUUAUGGCUCAGCCAUGUACACAUACCUCCAACCCCUAGGCAGUUAUUCUGAGAAUGAGGGAAAGUUUAUUGCCCUUUUCUAUACUAUAGUUACUCCCAUGCUCAAUCCUCUGAUCUAUACCCUAAGGAACAAGGAUGUGAAGGGGGCUCUGUGGAAGGUACUGGGGAGAAGCCAAGACUCAAAAUAGAAGGGGAAAGAGAGUUAGUAAAAAUUUCUAUGACUAUGGCUCAGUGGUAGAGUGCUUGCCUAGCAUGUGUGAGGCACUGGAUUUAAUUCUCAGCACAAUGUAUAAAUACAUGAAUAAAAUAAAAAAGGUCCAUCAACAUCUAAAUUUUUUAAAACAAUUUCUAUGACUUUCAUAUGAUGGAGCGCAUCCCUUUCCUUGUAGUUAGUCUGUAGCAACAAGUUCUCUAUAAGACAUGAGGUUUUACUGCUGCCCUUUAUUGGAAUCAGAAAGUGUGGAUCUCUUGAGUUGAUCAGCUGUCAUGAUAAUUGUGCAGCAGAGAAUAUGUGUUGAUUUGUAUCACUACUUUCUAAAAGAAUGAGAUGGGAACAGGAUGCAUUGUGAACACUUAUGAAGAGUGAUAUGGGGUUCUUUGCAUAUCUGAAGAUGAUAGAAGGAUCAUUUCUUUUUGACCACACUUUUUCCAAUCAGAUGCCAAUGUGCUGCCAUGUAGAGGGCACUGUGACAAAGGCAGAGGAAAUGAGUUGACCCUGA